AUGACCACACGCACGCAACAAGCUCGCUGCUCCGGCCAAGAGCUCCGGCUACACGUCAGAAACGCCAUCAACAUCAUGCAGCGCAAGGACAAAGCAACCACCGAGAAACGCAAAGAACUCCGCCGCUUCUACCUGACCAACAUUCGCCCUCUCUUCGAGACCUUCUUCCAGACCAAUAGCACGGCGACCGACAUACUCACCAAUGCAACGCUAUCGGGAGGACUCGAGUCAGCUUUAGGCGGCGCAAAAAGAGUUGUGAAGGAAAUGUACUUUGGCGAAAACCUUUGCGACGAUAUCGAUGUCAUCAUCGCCGGACUCCCCGAGGAUCGUAAAGCGGAGUGUGAGGAGUCUUACGAGAAUGGGRCCCAUCGAAUCGUUAUCAAGAUUGAUAUUUUGAAACAUACUUCGGAAUGGGAAUUCUUCGGGUCUCUGGUACACGAAUUCUUGCAUGCGGUUGUCAGAAGCCAUCGAUGCCAUUGCAGAUCUCUGGCUUGUAUUACGUCUUCUAGACGUAUCGAACAAGUUGGAUUGACAGGACACGGGCAAUACUUCCAAAUGCUCGCUGAUGCGGCAGAGAAGUUGAGCGCCAGGGUAUGGAAGGAAAGGCGUCCGAUGGACAUGGGGAUAAGGGAGUCUGUGAUUGGUGAAUUGGAAUGUGGGACGCGUGGAAAAAACGAGAAGGAGAUGCUGCAAUUCGCGAGAGAAGCUCUUGGUUGGUUCAAGGGGGGCAUCGCUUUCAAUAUGCAUUUCUCGCAGCCUGACGUACGGAUUGAUCAAUGA